CAGAAGAAGAAGACGACGACGACGACGAAGAAGAAGAAGACGAAGCAGCAGCAGCAGCAGCAGCGACAGUAAAAGAAUGAGGGAUGAAAAUGUAUUUUUAAAAAGUCUGUUCGCCGGAAGUAAAUGAAUCGUCGGAAGAAGCUGCUUUUUUAAAAUAAUAUUUCCAGGACCCAGUGAUAAAACAACUAAAUAGUUGAGGUGAAUGCAAGAAGAUGGUACUGAAAGAGAUUCCAACAGACAAUAUCACUCGCCCUUUGGGCCGGAACGAAGUAAUAGGUUUACUCUUUCGCCUCACAAUAUUUGGUGCCGUCACAUAUUUCACAAUAAAGUGGAUGGUGGAUGCUAUUGAUCCGACGCGAAAACAGAAAGUUGAGGCACAAAAACAGGCAGAAAAACUCAUGCGGCAGAUUGGAGUUCAAAAUGUGAAGCUUUCUGAAUAUGAGAUGAGCAUUGCAGCCCAUCUUGUGGAUCCACUGACUAUGCAGAUUACGUGGCAUGACAUCGCAGGUCUGGAUGAAGUCAUAACCGAAUUGAAAGACACUGUUAUACUUCCGAUCCAGAAGAGACAUCUGUUCGAAGGAUCCAGGCUUCUUCAGCCACCGAAAGGUGUACUGCUGUAUGGGCCUCCGGGCUGUGGGAAAACUCUUAUAGCCAAAGCUACUGCCAAAGAGGCUGGGUUCCGCUUCAUUAACCUGCAGCCUUCCACUCUCACUGACAAAUGGUAUGGAGAAUCCCAGAAACUAGCUGCAGCCGUGUUUUCACUGGCCAUCAAGUUACAACCUUCUAUUAUCUUCAUCGACGAGAUCGAUUCCUUUUUGAGGAGUCGCUCAAGUUCAGAUCAUGAGGCCACCGCCAUGAUGAAGGCUCAGUUCAUGAGCUUAUGGGACGGACUGGAUACCGACUACAAUUGCCAGGUCAUAAUAAUGGGAGCCACCAAUCGGCCACAAGAUCUCGAUUCCGCUAUACUCCGAAGGAUGCCCACAAGAUUCCACAUCAAUCAACCUAAUGUCAAGCAGAGGAAAGACAUAUUAAAACUGAUCCUGGAAAAUGAGAACGUGGAGUCCGCUGUGGACUUUGGUGAAAUCGCAAAACAGACUGAUGGGUUCUCAGGAAGUGACCUCAGAGAGAUGUGCCGAGAUGCUGCUCUGCUUUGUGUGCGUGAAUUUGUGCACCAAGAAAGUCCAGAUGAAGACUUUAUCCGCCCAAUCAGACAGGAAGACUUGCAGAGGGCAAUCGAGAAGAUGAGAAAGUCCAAAUCUGCAGGAGUGCAAGAGGUGUUUAUGCAUGUACCACUGGACUGAAUGUGAUGCUGCUUUAAAAAGAAAGAAAAAAAAGAGAACCUAGAUUUGGUGUUUUUCUCUCAUUUGUAACAUAUUGUCAAGUUCUGCAAAAGGGGGAACUCAGGAUUUAUAGAAUGGAAUUUUUCCUCUAAUCUUUUUUGCACUGUAAUUUCCAUACUAAGUUUUGCCAUUUAAUCAGUGAGCCUUAUAAAAAAAUUAUUAUUUGAGAAAACUGUGUAAAGCCAUUCUUAAGUAAAUUGUCGCUGCAAUGGGACAGUUUAUAAAAGAAUGAAGGAUUCACAUUAAAAUUAAUUCUGCUUGUGUUUCGACAAUAAGGCCCAUUGUGUUUGUCUUCUUAGGUUUGGUUAGGGUUGUGUGAUUUAGUUCCUUAAAACCAUGUGAUUGGUUUGUGUGUAGAUGGGCAACCGUUACUAUUUCCAAUUAUGUAAUGCACAUAUCACCAACAUGUAACAAUUUAGCUGAUUAGUGAGCACAAAAAACAAAGUGUGUUCAUUAACAGUUUUAACUUGGAUCAGCUUCACCUGUUUGUUUUCCCACAGCGAUUGAAUGAGUGGAUUGAGAUGCAUUUACAAAUUUAUAAGCCAUUUAUAUCGAAUAAGGUGUUUAAGCGUUGUAUUUAGCCCAGAGUAGAGGUUAUGUGAUGGCAUGUUGUAUAGAUAUUUAUUUGCAAAACCUUAAAUAUGCUUACACAGAAUAUGUGGGGCCAGUGCCAAGCUGUCGCUGUUAGGUUCGUGUUUGUCUGUCAGGUGUUAUUUUGGGGGGGUUGAGUGGGCGAAGGAGACUUGAAGGUGGAAAGAAAAAGUAUUCCCUCUGGAGAAAACAGUCUAUGGAUUGAACAACCAUUUUAGAUUUCCAGCAAUACAAUUGUACAGUUGUAUAAAAGUAUUUUUAAGUUAAGUUUCCAAAUUCGCAAUAGUCUGCUGCUCUUUUCGGGUCCGAAUAUGUGUAGAAGUCAGAUUGUGUCCGAAAUGUUUUGUUUACACUGUAGAAAAAUUGGAUGACAACGGUUUUGUCUUAAGGAAGUUUAUUGGAAUGCCUGCCCAACGCUCAUUACAUCAAAUAUUGUAAGAAAUGACAAAAUGUAAAUCUCACAAGUUUGUACAAAAAAGAGGGAAGUAAAUACAUUUCCUGUAAGAUAAUAAAUAUGUUAGGCUGGUCCGUUAAGAAAAUGGUAAGACAAUAAAUAUGCUCUUGUUCCUUCA